UGGGUAGAGAAGUUCUUCCGUCUCAUUUCAUCGUUUACUUCUAUCUCUCUAGGUUUCUGUCCUCUCCUCUCUUCUCCUCUCCUCUGCGUUCUAUCUCAAGAGAUGAAAUUUGUUUUGAUUUAAUUUGGCUUCGCUGCGCUCAUGGUCGGAGCGAGCCGGAGGAGGUAUCGAACGCCGUCGUGCUCGCUGACGGAGCCGUGACGGAAGAGGAGAUGAAGAUUGAAAGGGAUAAUGGCGGAGAGAAGGAGAAGAUACAGAGCGAGACGCCUCCAGAGGAUGAUUGCUGCCCGAUCUGCUCCGGCUCCUUCACGGUUCCGUGUCGAGGGGAUUGUGGCCAUUGGUAUUGCGGUAGAUGCAUCUUGCAGUACUGGAGGUUUAACUGGCUUUGUUCAAAAGGUAAAGGAGCUUCCUUUGUUAACGAAGAGAAUGGUGUGGCACAUUAUGGAUCCAGAUACUACCAACCUGCAUUUUAGCGAAGUUCGCAUUUUUGCAAUGUUGAUCAGUACACUCUACACUGCCUCCGAGUUUAAUUUCAUCCCAACGGGUAAGUUGCCUCACAAGAUUGAGAUUCUCGUGGCAUAUGCCUCUGCAAGAAUCAUUUGGAAACCUGAUAAUUUUUAGUUUGAGAUUGUGUGAUUAGAAUCGAAGUUGUUGUGGUCCAAACGCUUUUUCUAAAAGACUGAUGUACUAGUGUUUUUUUUAAGAACCCUAAUGAGGUUUUACCA